AUGUCUCCUAGUUUGCACAGCUGCUCCAAAACAGUGGCUCCGAUGUUUGGCCAAGGCUUGGAGGUAAGAGCAAGCGUUAAAAUUUUACUAAUUGAUUCAUUAAAUAAAUCGUACGGUCUAAUUAGUGACGUCAUAGUACGUGCGCGCGCAAUCGAACAAUCGUUAACUAAAACUCAAACAGGAAACGCGAGCGAAAUAUUGUCAAAGGAAUUUUAGCAGUUUAGUGGGAAUACGUUAAAUAUAUAUUGCAAGAUAACAACAAAGUGAUCCAUGGUAAGUAUAAAUGUACUAGACGCAUAGCUACAGAAUUUUUCGCAUUCGCAUACAGAUUUGUCGUGCUGCUCCAAAAUAUCUAAGAAAGGCUUACUUUCAAGCAUAUAAUAGGAUCCCUAGACAAACUAGAAAAGAUUAUGCGGAAGUAUUUGAAAAUUUCUAUAAUUCCUCAAAAACUUCUCUUGUUUGUUUUUUGUCCAACCAUGGGAAAAAUGUUCCGGAAACCGAACAUUAGCAGGUCCACUUCAGGAAGCAAAAACGUUUCGCAACAUAUUCAGAAUUAUCAGAAACGUAUUUUGUUUCGCACGAAUGUUCCCUGGUUUGUCCGCCUUCGCGGGCAACAUUGAUAGGAAACACUGUUCCUAUAACAACUUUUUCUAGGAAUUUACUCAUUGCAUGUUUAACACUGACUCCCUCAAACAUUUCUUACAAAUCUUUGAAAACUUUACCGAUGCAAAAUUCCUACUGUUAUCACAGAAACUUUGAUAAUGUAAUGGCGGCUUUAGAUGUAUUACGCUGUCCCAAUGUUUACUUAAUAUUUUUUAACAAUAGUUUUUUCCACUUUUUCAGUUCAAGUGUGGUGACAUUCACUUUAAAAAGAAGGAGGUUUACUUGGCGGUGUCAUUGGUAACAGGACUGUUUCUGUCUGCAGCUUUAGUCAACGACUUUAUGGCGUACUUAGAGCUUGAGAUGCCAGAACAUACGACUCAGGGUUUCACGUUCGCCAUCAUGGUACGUUUGUUAAUCAAAUUUCGACUUUGAAUAUAGUAACCUUUGCGUCGUAAAUAAUUGCGGCGCUAAAUGCUUUUCAGAAUUGCUUUUAUAACAUGGUCUUUCGAGCCGGUAAUGAUUCUUUUUUAUUUCACUUUCAGCUUAUCAACUGGAUAUCGUUUGUAAUGGCCGUCCUAGCUUUUAUCUAUAACUGUUUAGCUAUGAAAUGUAUUGCAAAACAAGUAUCUGCUAUGUCAGUAG